GAAACAGAGGGCGUGGCACUGAGCCUUUCUUUUAUUGGCUCAGGGUGCCCAGGCCCGGUUUACCAGUGCUGAGGCGGAAGUCGCGCGGGCGCCGGAACGUGCGCUGAGCCUCGGGUCCUGCAGCAUCCUAGCCGUCGUCAUGGUGCGGAAGCUUAAGUUCCACGAGCAGAAGCUGCUGAAGCAGGUGGACUUCCUGAACUGGGAGGUCACCGAUCACAACUUGCACGAGCUGCGCGUGUUGCGGCGUUAUCGGCUGCAACGGCGCGAGGACUACACGCGCUACAACCAGCUGAGCCGUGCUGUGCGCGAGCUGGCGCGGCGCCUGCGGGACCUGCCGGAGCGCGACCCGUUUCGCGUGCGCUCCUCGGCCGCGCUGCUGGACAAACUGUAUGCUCUCGGCCUAAUCCCCACGCGCGGGUCGCUGGAGCUGUGCGAUUUCGUCACGGCCUCGUCCUUCUGCCGCCGCCGCCUGCCCACCGUGCUCCUUAAGCUGCGCAUGGCGCAGCACCUCCAGGCCGCCGUGGCAUUCGUGGAGCAGGGUCACGUGCGCGUGGGCCCCGACGUGGUCACCGACCCCGCCUUUCUUGUCACGCGCAGCAUGGAGGACUUCGUCACCUGGGUUGACUCGUCCAAGAUCAAGCGGCACGUGCUGGAAUACAAUGAGGAGCGUGACGACUUCGAUCUGGAAGCCUAGCGGGCCUUCCCUCGCCAGGACUGCAUUUUAUUGAUGGGGAAGCUGAGACCUGAUGCCUGAGAUUCUAUGAAGGCGCCCUCCCCAAGAGUGUGUCAGCCAAGAACUUGGCUCCUCAGCUACAGGCCCUCACAGAGCCAAAGGGUACGCCCUUUUUCCACAAAAUUUUCUUAGCCUUUGGACAAUUGGUAAUUAAAUGACUGCCUUAAGAGACAAUGGGAAGCGGUUUUGCGCUGCCCUAGGGAAUUGUUACAUUCUUGUACCUGAAACAUUGUAGUGUGAAAGCAAUGACUUUUGGGGGGGGCUACCCCCGCCCCCAGCUUUCCUUUCAUUUCUUUGUAGCAGGACAGUUUAGUUUAAUUUAUAUUUAACCCGAAUUCUUGCGCUUGUUCGUGACUAAGCUGUGUACAGAUGUUGGAGAGUUUGGUCUCAAGUUUUCAUAAAAUGGAUGAGAUUUUAGUGUUUAGAGUCCUUUCUCUUGUUUAAAGGAAUGCUCUC